AUGGUCGCCUCGUCUCCUCAAUCCAGCUCAUGGCCUGAUUCAUUACAGCAUGUUGUACAGGGAGCUAUUUGUGUGCAUCGAUUGCGGCUAUUGGACAUCUCACGUCGAGAAGAAGUCUUUUUCCUAGAGCUAAUUGAAGGAGGCUCGCGACACGUAAGAGCCCACAAUGGCCAGUGCUUCUUUCUGAGUGAGCAUGGACACUGGGCUGUUUACAAUGGUGUGAUCCCCCAAGGAGUUCUGGCACGAUGCAAGAAAUUUCUACUUUAUCUUGAAGGCCUAUACAGACUCUUACCUGCUAGCACACUUCGCGUUCCAGAUGCCAUUAUCAACGCAGUAGCGGCUUUGUUACAUUGCCGUAAUGGCUCGGCAGAUCUGCUUCUUCAAGACUGCGAACGAGCUGCCAUCUGCGGUGGGCCCGCUAGUUCCAAACGGCGUCGAGGGAAUGCCGUCGCCCAGGAAGAUGCGUCUGAGGAGGAGAAGGAUGACAAGCCAUGGACCGAAGUCAUGGCGAGCACUGUCGGCAAACUCUACGUCAAACUGCAAAGUUCCCUGCUGCAAGAUCAUCUGAUCAAGUAUUAUGUGGAAUGGUGUCGCGUCGACGAUCCUCGGAAAUCUGGCUUUUGCGCCCAGGAUAUUUGUUUGGUGUUUGAUGAAGACAAAGGCCUGAAUCAGGUACGGAAGUCUGGCUCUAACAACAUAUACGUAUUUUUGCCGCAUCGUAUCUUGGAUCCUGUGUCUGCCGACGCCAAGAUGCGAGUGCACAAAUUUUGGCAGACAACAUACUGGAGCAACCGUCCUGCCUUCAAAUGCUUUACGGCAGCCCUCACUUUAGCGAUACGCGGUGAGAAUGUCGAUCGCGCUUUUUGGGGCCUGGGUUCUGGCGGUGUUGGUCAAAGCCUACAAACUGCUCAUCUGGAAGCCAUCUUGGGCAGUUUUCAUUCAUGCUUGGAUAUGAAUAUCUAUUAUUCAGAUGAAGAAAUGCGCAAACAGGCUGCCUCUCUGCUAGGCAAACUUGUCGUGACGGGCCAGGAGUCUGUGCAGGGUAGCCGCAAGGGCAUGCGAGAAGACGUGUACAAGCAACACAUGUCUGCGGACAAGCUUCCGGAGCGCAUGCCCUAUGCCAUAGACACGCACUUGGUGGAACUCCGGGGUUGGAAGCGGUUCGAGUUCAACACGUUGCCAAGGUUCGUGGGUGUCAACGAGGAGACCUUCAACUCUAUGUUUCGACGAUCUUUGGCUGUUCGUUAUAAG